AUUCAGCCUAGUGAUACAAGCUGCCACUGCACUUGCACACAAAGAAAAGGAACAAGGCCAAGUCCCAAGCACCAGUCCAAAAUGGCCUCACCGGUGACCUUAGCCAUAGCAGUUCUCGCCGCAUUGCCGCUCUUGCUGUUCCUAGCCAAGGCGGCAUGGGUGACCAUCUCCUGCUACUACCUAUCCCCGGCGAGGAUCCGGCGGAUCCUCGCCAGCCAAGGCGUCCAGGGCCCGACCCCGCGGCCCCUCGUCGGGAACCUUCGCGAGGUCUCGGCCCUGGUCGCCGAGUCCACGGCCCACGACAUGGGCUCCCUGAGCCACGACAUCGUGGGCCGGCUCCUCCCGCACUACCUCCUCUGGUCCAAGACCUUCGGCAAGCCCUUCGUCUACUUCUACGGCAGCGAGCCCCGGGUGUGCGUCACGGACGCCGCCAUGGUCCGCGAGCUGCUUUCCCCCAAGCACGCCCGGGUCACGGGCAAGUCGUGGAUGCAGCGGCAGGGCGCCAAGCAUUUCAUCGGCGGCGGGCUGCUCAUGGCCAACGGCGCCGUGUGGUCGCGGCAGCGGCACGUGGUGGCCCCGGCGUUCAUGGCGGACCGGCUGAGGGGAAGGGUGGGCCACAUGGCGGAGUGCGCGAGGAAGGCGGUGAGGGCGCUCAGGGAGGCCGGGGAUUACGAGGUGGAGAUUGGAGCUCACAUGGCCAGGCUCGCCGGGGAUGUCAUCGCGCGCACCGAGUUCGGCACCAGCUAUGAGACCGGCAAGCGGAUAUUCGUCCUCAUUGAGGAGCUGCAGCGGCUCACUGCUAAAGCUAGCCGCUACCUCUGGGUCCCCGGCAGCCAGUAUUUUCCGAGCAAGUACAGGAGGCAGAUAAAGCGGCUGAACGGGGAGCUGGAGCAGGUAUUGAAAGAAUCAAUCCAGCGCAGCCGCGAGAUCGCGGACGAGGGCCGGGCGCCGUCGGACGCGGCGUGCGGCGGCCGGGGGCUCCUCGGGAUGCUCCUGGCCGAGACGGAGAAGAAGAAGAACGAGAACGCGGCCGGCGGGUACUACGACGCGCAGACGAUGAUCGACGAGUGCAAGACCUUCUUCUUCGCGGGCCACGAGACCUCGGCUCUCCUCCUCACCUGGGCCAUCAUGCUGCUCUCCACCCACCCCGAGUGGCAGGACAAGGCCCGCGCCGAGGUGGCCCAUGUCUGCGGCGGCGGCCCGCCCACCGCCGACCACCUCCCCAAGCUCACCGUCCUGCAGAUGGUGAUAAACGAGACGCUGAGGUUGUACCCGCCGGCGACGCUGCUGCCGAGGAUGGCGUUCGAGGAUAUCACGCUGGGGGACAGGGAGAGCGGGGGGCUGAGGGUGCCCAAGGGAGCGUCGGUGUGGAUCCCGGUGCUGGCGAUCCACCACGACGAGGCCGUGUGGGGCGCCGACGCGCACGAGUUCAGGCCGGACAGGUUCGCCGCGUCCGGCGGGGGCUCAAGGCCGGGGGGCGGGAGGUUCCUGCCGUUCGCGGCGGGGCCGCGCAACUGCGUGGGGCAGGCGUACGCCAUGGUGGAGGCCAAGGUCGUGCUGGCCACGAUGCUCGCCGGCUUCCGGUUCGGCAUCUCCGACGAGUACCGCCACGCGCCCGUCAACGUGCUCACGCUCCGCCCGCGCCACGGCGUGCCCGUGCGCCUCCUGCCGCUGCCGCAGCGCUCGUAGGAUGUGGGGUUUGGGACAAUGCGUGUUGGACAAAAUCUUGGUUCUUUGCGAUUUUGGGGUGUUUUCUUCUUCUUCUUCUUUCGUUGUGCUUGAUGAUGAAUAGGGAAGAAUUUUGUGCUGCGA